UUUCCUGUUCCAUGAUGACGAGUUGAGUGAGUAAAGAUUACGUGGAAGAAUUUGAUGGUGGAGGCAACCAAGUUGAAGUAAACUCGGAUUUCGCCAUAUCAGUUGUUUUAGAUCUGGGCUUGCUCUCUCGGGAAUCUGGAUUAUGCAAAUUGGGUGCCGCUACCAGAUCUACAAUGGUGGUCUUCCUCCAAUUUGGUGGUUUCAUCGCUUCUUGUGAAUCCAUCCACCGUCUUCCCCUCUGUCCUUCCUCGGCAGUUUGGAUCUGUCUCGCAGGUGCUCGACGGAUUGUGGGUGACAGUGUCUUUUCCAGUUGUCGCGGGGUUGCGCUGCUGUUCCUCGAAGUCUUGUGGUCUUCUGCUCUCCUUGGUCGCGGUCUUCUCUGCCUCACUUUCCUUUGCCUUUCAGCUUGGAGCAGCUCGAUUCACAGCCCUUUCCACCGCCAUGUAAUCUUGGUUUCGAGAUUCACUGUGAUGGGUCGUCUUUGAGCGGCUCCCA